AUGUUCAAUCUAAGACGUUCAUUAAACGAUCUUCAACUAUUUCAUGAUUUCCCAAAACCGCUUCCAAGACGUGAGGUCAAUAAAGAUCCAGCAGGAGAGCUGCUUAUUGAAUUUUUUGAUUACUAUUCUCGAUUUGAUUUCACUGAAAAUGCUAUAUCAAUCAAGCGUGGCACGGUCUUUAGCCGAACGGAGCUUUCGGAAAGAGCACAGAAUUUCAAGCUGUUUAUUGAAGACCCAUUCUCAGAACUUACUGCAUGUCCGACAGUGAAGCGACUGGAUAAUUUGCAGAAAAUCCAACAAGCAUUUACAAAUGCUCGAAAUUCUUUUCUUGGUUUUUGCGCCAAAGGCCCUUUCCUGUCCAAUAUCCAUGGUUAG